AUGCAAAGUGUGAGAGGGUGGGGAGGAGGGAUGGUGAUGCGAUGGGUUUUGUGUGGGCGGAGGAGGCUGCUGCGCAGUUAUAUACUCGUAGCAGAUGAAAAGCAGAGGCGUCUAGAUUACGAAAAAUCCAUAGUCUGCAUUACGAAAAAUCAGCCUAGGCGGCCUGGGAGGGUCUGGGCGGCGCUAGACUGGUCUGGGCUACGCUAG